AUGUUUGGAUUUCUGGUUUCCCUGAGUUUUUCUCAGGUCUAUGAAGGCAGACAAAAUUCAGCGAUUAAACUUACAGCUGAUCAAGAAUAUAAUUUCCUUGAAUGCCAAUUCAUUGAACUCGGAAGCGAAUCAACAGAAAGUUCUCUAUAUCUUACAGGCGGAUCAAGCAAUCCAUCAGUAUUCAUACUUGCAACUACGUUUUACAAAUGCUUAUCCAAGCAAGGUGGCUCAAUGUCACUUUAUGGAACAAUGAAUCUUCAUAUUUUGCUUUGUUGCAUAUCAGAAUGUCAAGUUCCUUCCUCAAAUAUUGGUGCAAUUGCACAUGUUGAACUGAAACAGUCAAAUCCGACCAUUGAGUACGUUACUGCAUCGCAAUGUAGUAAAGGCCAAUACAGUUUUAAUCUCUUAACAAGUCCAAUUCUUAAGAAUGCCAAUCUCUCAAAAAAUGCACCUGAUCAUUCAACUGCAUAUGGUGUAAUUUAUAUGGACAAUAAUGAUAAAGAAUUUUCAUAUGGCUACAAAAUGUGUAACUUUAUAGAAAACACAAGCCCAUAUUCAAUUAAUUAUUUCUAUCACACUCAUACAUUCACAAUCGAACAUUCAAAUUACAUUAAAAACAAUGUGGCAAGUUAUUCAAUUGUUUACGCAAAAUAUAACUGGGAAUUUACCAUUACUAAUUGUAUUUUUGCAGACAAUAUUCAUGACAACUCAUAUCUUGUUGAAAGGCACUGGACAUUAUCAUCAUAUAAAGUAACAGUUAAAAACUGUCAAAUUAGAGACACAAGUAGUAAACUAUUCAGCUAUGUAGAAACGCAAUCUAUUUCAUCUAGUGUCGAUGAUAUUGAUUUAUACACCUAUUACGCAACAAUUCUUUGCCAUGCUGAAGUUCCAUAUCCAAGAAGAUCUCAAACUUUCAUGGAAACACCGAUGAAUACUUUUGCUGAAACUCCUUUUGUUACUGCUAUUCAAACACCUGCAAAUACUGCAGCAGUUACACCGAAUGAAACGCCAUUUGGAACACCAUAUGUUACAAACUAUGAAACCCCAUUCUCAACAAUGGAAUCAACACCACUUUUAACUGAUUUCGAAACACCUUAUCAUACACCAGAGUUUACACCUCUUGUAACACCUUAUUCAACAAUGGAGAAAACUGCAGCUUUCACUCCGUUCGAAACAGCAUAUUUAACACCAUGGAAUACACCUUUUAUUACAGAUUUUGAGACACCAGUAAUUACUCCUUUUGAAACAGAAUUCGAAACACCUUAUUUAACUGAAUUUGAAACGCCAUAUUUAACUGAAUUCGAAACGCCAUAUUUGACUGAAUUCGAAACACCAUAUUUAACUGGAUUCCAAUCCCAGUUAUAA